UUUGUUUAUCAUAACUUUUUUUUGUAAGGCAUAAUGGAAGUGGUGCACGACCAUGUUGAGGAGGAGGAGGUGGUGACUGUGGAGGAGAAGCUGUUGCCGCGGCGACGAGGGCCGGACUUUGCUGAUCCCAUAGAUGAUGGUUAUGACGAGAGCAGUGAUGACACAGUGAACAGUGGAUCCGAGGUGCUUCAAAAUGUCGUAUCAGAUGAGAAUAGUGUCUAUUUUGACGACAAAAAAGAUCAUACCGAACUCCAACAUUCGGAAAUCGACAGCCACCAUGAGGAGAUCUCGAAAAUCGUGCACGACGUCAUCAACCGCCAACACAUAGUGAAUUUCAACGCCGAAAUCGUAACCGUUCCGGCCAGAGAGAGCGUGAUAGUCGAAGAAAGCGACGACGAAGAAGUGAUCGAAUUGGAAUUCGAAAGGGCAGUGGACAAAGUCCACACACACACUCCAUAUUGUCCUAAUUGUAGUAACCAAAUUACUAAAGUAAUUCUACGAAGAAAGAAAAAGGCAAGCCCUCGUCCAGACAAGCCACUUGACCUAUUGGGAUGCUUGAGUUGCUUCAGCAUUUUCAUACCUUCAGGGGAUUGUUUGAAUCCUUUUAGGUUGUUUAAAUCCAAACCAAAAUUGGAGAGUCACAAUAUAGAAGAAGGGCAACCACCAAUUUCUGUAGGGGGUACAACUGCUGAUGCGGGAGAGUCCAAACAAAGCCUAAAAAGCCCAUCAAUUGCCGUUGGGAGUACACCUACUAAUGCAGCAGGAACAGGGUAUCGUUUGAAUCCAUUUUAUUACUUUGGAUACAAUUCCAAACCAAAAUUACAAAGCCCCAAAAUUGAAUUUGAGCAGCCAUCAAAUGAUAUCGAUGGUAGUACAACUACUAAUGCACCAGGGAUUUUAGGAGAAGCAAAACCAGAGCAUAAUCCACGUGAUGUGUCGAUUGAUAUUAAAGAUGGACCAGAACUGGUAGGAGGAAGACCUGCUCUACAACAACCAUUAAUUUUUGAAGCGGUUGGAGGUCCGCCUCCUUUACAAAAACCAUUAAUUUUUGAAGCAGUUGGAGGUCGGCCUCCUUUACAACAACCAUUAAUUUCAGAAGCGGUUGGAGGUCGGCCUCCUUUACAACAGCCACUAAUUCCAGAAAUGGUUGGAGGACGGCCUGCUUUACAACAACCAUUAAUUUAUGGCGAUCGGCGCUCUAGAUCGCUUGAGUUUUGGAAAUGCAUCGUGUAUGGAGGCCUACUCGAGUCAAUCGCAAGUCUAAGCAUAGUCUCUUCUACAGCUGCUUCAGACGCCACUACACUGAACGUCGUGGUCAUUGGAUUGGCAACCCUACUUAGCGGCCUCAUGGCAUUUGGUUGCAACCUUGUGGAGUUACGAAAUGAUAACUCGAACGAGAAGUACCACGAACUACUUGGUCAGAGAGGGCACUUUCUUUUUCACUCGACGUUUGCCAUUCUUUCCUACAUCAUUUUUGGGCUCGUGGCCCCCGUUACCUACGGGUUCGCCUUCCAUGAUAGCGACGACAAGGACUACAAGAUGCUCGCAGUAGCUGCUGCUGGUUUUGGUUGCAUCUUCGUCCUCGCAAUUGCCAAAGCUUAUGUGAAAGGGGUAGACAGAUUUGGAGGCUAUGUUAAGACAAUAAUGUACUACGUUACUAUGGCAGUUAGUGCAUCUGGUGUCGCAUAUGCUGCAGGAGAUUUGAUUGGAAAGCUUUUGGAUGAUCUUGGUUGGUUUCAACCGGCUCAAGUUGUUGCUUCUCAAGUUUCUUCUUUGGCCGCGUACUGAUCAACAGGGUCGGACGCAGAAAAAAUUUAAGUGGGGCUUAUGUUUUUAAUUUUUUGAGUUUGAGAUUUCAAGAAGAGAAUUUGCUUACUUUUUCUUGUGAUGAUUGUCGAUUGAA